CUUAACUUUUGUUAUUGAAAGGAAUACUCUGAGCUUCAAUAUUUUGAUAGUUUACUCUGAGCUUCAAUUAUGUGCUGAAAUGGGCUUAUGAGGAAUACUCUGAGCUUCAAUAUUUUGAUAGUUUACCACAAACAUUUGAUGGAAGUUUUUAUCACAGCCACCAUAUAUAAAUACCGACUCCCUCUUAUGGCAUAUUCAGGCUUUGAGCUUCCAGAAGAUGUGUGUGUAUAUCCAUCUCUAGUCACUAUCACUCUCUCAUAAGCCCAUUUCAGCACAUAAUUGCUUGAUUCUAUCAUCGAUUUGCAACUGUGUGUAUGUGUGUGUCUAUAUAUCUACUCAGGAUACAUUUAUUUCUAUAGCUUAUUUGGUACACAUAGUAGCUAGCUAGCUUAGCGCAUACAAAACCCCAUUUUCCACUCUCUUUGCUUCAUAUAUCCACUAAACCCCAUUCACUCCAACUCUUCCACAGCUUUUAUAUAUUUCCUCCAUCUCCCACCUCUGCUAUAACACAGAGCCACUACAAAGCUUCUUAUAUAUAUAUGAAUUAAGGUUCACCAUGAGGCUUUAUUUCACGGCUGCCUGCAAACAAACACAGCCCCUUGUGAGUUUUCCGGGGGGAAUCAACAUGGAGCCAUUCAUCAGCCGGCCACGGAAGGACAAGGUGGUUGUGGUCAUGGGGGCGACGGGUACCGGAAAAUCAAGACUGGCCAUCGACCUCGCCACUCGUUUUCAGGCGGAGAUUGUGAAUUCGGACAAAAUGCAAGUCUAUAAAGGGCUGGACAUAGUCACCAACAAGGUCACCGAGGAGGAGUGUCAAGGUGUCCCCCAUCACUUGUUAGGAAUUGUGGAUCCUCAUGUGAACUUCACAGCCGCUGAUUUUCAACACCACGCAUCACUAGCCGUUGAAUCGAUCGUGAGGCGUGAUCGCCUCCCGAUCAUCGCCGGAGGGUCCAAUUCCUACAUCAAAGCUCUAGUGAACGAUGACAUCCAAUUCCAAUCAAAAUAUGAGUGUUGCUUUAUUUGGGUGGAUGUAUCUCUGCCCGUCCUUCACUCUUUUGUGUCCGACCGAGUUGAUCGGAUGAUAGCGGCCGGUUUGAUAGAUGAGGUGAGAGGAAUAUUCGAUCCAAAUGCCGAUUACGCACAUGGAAUCCGGCGAGCCAUUGGAGUUUAUGAAAUGGAUCGAUUUCUGCGAGCAGCAAGUCAUGAUUCAAUUGUGGAUGAUGAAACUCGUGCUCGACUUCUCGAGACCGCCAUUGAGGAAAUCAAGGCCAACACUUGCAAAUUAGCUAGUUACCAAUUGCAAAACAUUCUAAGGCUUCAGAAUCAACUAGGAUGGAACAUGUACCGCCUAGAUGCGACCGAAUCAUUUUCGAAUCGAGUAGAAAAAAAUGGUCACCAAGCUUGGGAGGAGCUCGUGGUCGGACCAAGCACAUUGAUUGUCGAAAAAUUCCUAUGGGAUGACGACUUUACACUCGGUAUGAAUGCUCCGUCUUCCGCCUCCAUCAUGGCGGCAUCGGUGGUGGGGGCAGCCACUGCCACUGCCGCCGUGGCCGCAACUCACUAGAAGCAGUUAGUGGGGGCUCAGUAAUGUACCAACCACUACAUUAUCCUAAGGCUGGUGCCUCUUUUUAUCCUGACGUUGGUACCAUAGAAAUUAAAUUACGGCGGACUAGGAAACAAAGUGCUUGUCUAGGUCGUGUGCCUAAUGUUUGGAGCCGUACAGAUGGAAUCAUUUUGGAAAUCCGUGCUUGCGCUGCUUUACAUACAUGCGCGGGAGCCUAUUUUUGGUAUCAUAUUAAGUAUGUUUUUGUGGGGUUCAGUUAUAUUGCUGAUGUGAUAUAUGAAUAAUCCUGCGGUGUCCGCACGGGUCCAAUGUGGACCCCGCAUCAUUGUGUACACGAGCGAGAUUGGCGUUUUUGCUUUUUGGUGUGUGUCUAUCCUUUGGCGUUGAGCUGUAUUAUUUCGAGGUUGACAAGUGUGUUUUUUUCUUCUUCUUUUUUUCGUUUUUGUUUAUUAUUUUUAUAAAAAAUCUGAUUGAAUAUAUAAGGUGUACGACAAUGUUCUACAGUUGUCAACGGUUUAAUAACCACUUGUAUAUCCCUCCAACCUUAUCUCAUUGUUAUUUUGUCCUAAUUUUGUAUGAA